AUGCUGGGUCUUAAUCAAGCCAUCGCCGUGGCCUUCGGCGCCGGGCUGGCGUUGCUCGGCCCGGGUGCCGUUGAGAAAAUAUACCCAACUUUUCAAGGCGUCCUGUUUCCUCCAAAUGCGCCCGAGCCUUGGGCAUGCCCCGCACACAACUACACGACGGAAUUAAUAUCUUUUGAUCCCCUUCUCAUCUACAUCCACAACUUCGUCAGUCCGGAAGAAGCCAGGCUAGUGAUGGGUGCAGGAAGGGAUCUUCUUGUCCCGUCGCCCGUCACAGGGGAUGGUUCAGAUGUCAAGUCGCGCAGCCGUACCUCGUGGAGUGCGCCGCUCCCUGAUGAUGAUCCGGCGGUGCAGUGCGUCUUAAGUCGAGCAAGUAACUUCAUGGGGACGCUGAUGGCGCCGGGGCGCGAUGAGAUGGGCACCGCGCAAAUGGUGUAUUACACCGACAGCCAGAAAUUUGACCUGCAUCACGAUUGGUUCCAGCGGCCGCGGCUCAAGGAUGACGAUGGCGGCCGGAAGAGAAUGUACAACCGGGUUGCGACGUUCUUCGUUGUCCUCGAGGCAAACUGCACCAAGGGCGAGACAUAUUUUCCGAACGCUCGGCCCAUUGCACCGCAAGAUAGGGGUAAGCCGAGCCCCUACUGGAGAGAGCACGAGGAUGGUGGGUUGGCGUUCCAACCGAUUGCGGGAAAUGCUCUCUUCUGGCCAAACUUGUUGGCGGAUGGAAGCGGGAACCCCAAGACUUUGCACGCUGGGCUUCCUGUUGGACAAGGCACGAAGACGGCCAUGAAUAUCUGGCCGAGGAACUUCUUCGGCCCUGAGGCUUGA